GAUCGUAGCUAUUAGUUAGUCAUAAGAUAAUUCAAGUCGUGUACAGACGUUUUAUAUAAUGAAUAGAAUAAUAGUGUUAGCACUCGUAUAUCUAGCUGUUAAUACAGAAUCUGCCAAGAUACUAGGUUACUUCCCAACUCCGUCUAUAAGUCACCAAAUAGUGUUUCGACCGUUGAUGCACGAAUUAGCGAGACGUGGACACGAAGUGUUUGUUAUUACAACAGACCCAGCGUUUACUAAAGAGAAUCCUCUUGGAAACUUAACAGAAAUAGACGUCCGGGACGUAUCGUAUUCAAAAUGGAUAAACGCAAUAUUAAAUGCGGGAAUUACGACCGGCAAGAAGGAAGACGUGGCAAAACAAAUAACAACCAUGUAUCGUAUAUGCUUAGGUUUGUUUGACGAGCAAAUAAACACGGUUGCAUUACAAAAUGUUUUACGCGAUAAAACAUUAAAAUUCGAUUUGAUAAUCUUAGAGUCCUACUUCAGGCCAGGGAUGGUGCUAUCACAUUAUUACAAGGCGCCUCUCAUUCUUAUAAGUUCUAUGUUGCCAAUAUACAAUAACAUGGAAGUUAUUGGCAGCCCUAUUCAUCCGUUCCUUUAUCCGAUGGGGUUUUGUCGACAGAGAGUCAACAAUCUCACAAUAUGGGAGAAAAUAUCUGAACUAUACAUGUACUAUAGCAUAGUGGCCACAAUUUACUUCGAUAGUGAAGCUAUGAAUAAAAUGAUAAGAAAGAAUUUCGGUUCAGAUGUUCCUAGUAUUGAUGAAUUGCAGAAUAAUGUGGAUAUGUUAUUUAUUAAUGUGCAUCCAAUAUGGGAUAUGAACAGGCCUGUUCCACCCAGCACAAUAUAUUUGGGAGGACUGCAUCGCAAUCCUGAGAAAGACUUGCCACAGGAUCUACAAUCGUAUUUAGAUGCAUCGAAGCAUGGAGUCAUAUAUAUUAGUUUUGGUACAAACGUAAACCCAUCAAUGUUGCCAAAGGAAAAAAUGCAAAUGUUAAUAAAUGUGUUGUCACGUCUACCUUAUGACGUAUUAUGGAAGUGGGAUAAAGAUGAAAUGCCUAAUCAACCUCAAAACAUCAAAACUUUCAAAUGGUUACCGCAGUCAGAUCUUCUUAGGCAUCCAAAUGUACUAUUGUUUAUAACACAAGGAGGACUGCAGUCAACUGAUGAAGCGAUUAGUGCCGGUGUGCCGUUAAUUGGUAUACCAGUGCUUGGAGACCAGUGGUAUAAUGUGGAGCAAUAUGAACGACUUAAAAUAGGAUUGGGACUUCAAAUGGAAGAACUCUCUGAGGAAAAAAUUAAAAACACCAUAGAUACUGUCAUGAAUGAUAAUAGCUAUCGAGACAACAUCGUCAAACUUCGCUCACUGAUGUCCGAUCGACCCGAGAGUUCUUUGGAGCGCGCCGUCUGGUGGACAGAACACGUGCUACGACACGGGGGUGCGAAACACCUUCGUUCACCAGCCGCUAACAUAUCUUGGACAGAGUACUUGGAGCUGGAACUCAUUGGAUACAUAUUAUUAAGUUUACUGUUCACCAUAAUUUUAACGAUAAUUCUAAUCAAGUGUACGAUGAAGUGUAUUUAACUGAGAUUUAUCACUGAUACAGUAAUAAAGACAAAUGAAAAUUG